ACCGAAGGCCCCCUCAUCAUCAAAGUAUCCAAAGCAGAGCAGAGCAACACCGGCGUUUUUCCAACUGAGAUCAGUAGUAAGACUAGUGCUGUCGGCGGAUCCCAACUGCCAUGGAGGACAUAGCGUUGCUCGUGUCCGAGGAGUCCGAGAAGAGGAUGAGGCGAGGAGCCCCCGGCGCCGAUGACGGAGGCAGCGAGGCGGCCGAGAGCAGCAGCGGCAGGAGGAACUUCGGCGCCGUGGCGAAGGUGUGGGGGUCGUGGGUGGAGUCCGCCUCCGCCGCGGCGUCCGGGGUGAGGGUCAACGUCGCGGUGCAGCUCAGGGAGCUGGAGCCCAAGACCGGCCUCGGCCUGGCCGCAUUCGACGGCUUCUUCUCCGCUUAAUCGUGCUCCUGUUUCUUGAUAUUUGAUUCGGAGGAAGUUUAUGUAUGUCUCUUCCGCCGAGUAAUUACGCCUAAUCCCCAAAUGGUACUUUUGUCUCAAUCCGAUCAAAAAGAAACAUAGAUUAAGAUGAAGACGGACGGUUCAGUUAGCGAGCAUGGGAAGGCUUGUGGAGGUUUAGGGUGUAACGUGUACAUUAACGCUGUGCCUUACUAUGAAAUCUAAGAGAACUACUUGCUCCA